CCUGGUCCAGUUACUUCUCUGCUUCCGGAAAGGGAGGACAUUUGCACUUUUCCUCGGAGAACAAGAAGACUGCAACAUGUGCCUUCUCUGUUAUAUCGCACAAAUUCAGAAUAUGGGCAAUGGGCACCAGCAAGGUGGGGUCCUGCUUGGAAUGAGUUGUUAUCUGGGGUUUGAAGUGUAUCCCUUCUGCAAUUUCUAUACAGAGACUGCAGAAACUCCUUCACCUGUUUCUUCACCAAGAGAUGCAACUGUAAGAACAUCACCACCUGUUUUUUCAGUGACAGGGAAAAUAAAAAUACAAAACGGCAAUAGUUUUUGCAGCUAUUGGAAUUCCUGCAGUUGUUGUAUUUGUGCUCCUGUCAGUUACCAGCUUUUGCCUGCAUAAAAGAUGGGUAGACAAGAGGAGUGCAAAAGAAAUCAAUGGUGAGUUAUCCAAAUAGUCUGCCUUGUACCUGAUUCUUGUUGGCACCCAAGAAUUUUUUUAAAAAAAUUUAUUUAAGCCAAGCUGCCAUUAAACCAAAGAACCAACAGAUGGUUUGUGGCUGCCAGAUUUUGAUGCAUCCAUUUAUUUCUGGUGAACAGGUUGUGUGUUCUGCUGCCAGAGUAUAUCUAUACCUCUCCAUCAAUUGGAUGAUUAGUUUUCAAGGAAAUCAAAUUUAAUGGAUGUUAAUCAAGGCCUGUGAUUUUGUGAGAGCUCUGUUCACCAACCACACUAUAGAGACAUCAAUUGGAAACUUAAUGCAACCAUGUGGCAAUCCGUGGGGUGGUAGAAUGAUAUUGAACUCGAAGGAUAGCAACUGUCAGACCAAUUAAAGACACAAAGGAUGCAAAAAGGACCAGCUGUAUGGUUAUCUAACUACCAAUUGUUUUACUAAUUCGAGGUAUUUGUUACAUGGAUGAGAUCGUCAUUGAGCUGUUUUUCAGGCUGGUAUACUGUUCAAGAUCAUAAUAAGGUGAUGAUACUUCUUCUGAUAAAUCUAUAGAUAAAUUGGAUUGGAUUGGAUUGGAUUGCAUCAAGAGAUUGUGAACUCUUUUGAACUGUUUAUGAACACUAAGCCAAGGAAAGACAGGGAGUUCCUGAAUAUUGGA